CACUUGGCUCGUUGUAAAGGGAACACUUAAUAUUGAGUGAUUGACCAUCCCAAUCAGUAAAGCAUUGCCCUUUCUACUAGGAGUGAGUAAUUUUGACCUGUGAUAUCUUUUUUUGAGUGGAGCCAAGAAGUUUUGAGUUGGGAUCACAAUUUUCAAGCAGAUUCUGCAAUGAGUAGCCAUGGAGAUGAUGAGAGUCUUGUAGAAUCACUUGUUCAGAGAAAAAAUGACAAGUCUGAGGAGGAUUCAAUGCUCAUUGAAGUCUUGUUAUCACAAGAAAAAAUUCCUUGGUCAGGGAUUGCUAAAGCUGCUUUGAGGGAGUCCAAGAAGUUGUGGAUUCUGUCUGGUCCUUCCAUAUCAGUUAGCUUAUUAAACUUCAUGAUGAGUGCCAUAUCUCAGAUGUUUGCAGGACACCUGGGGGAGCUACAGCUUGCUGGGGCUGCCAUAGCCAACGUGGGAAUCCAGGGACUUGCCUAUGGAAUUAUGUUGGGAAUGUCAAGUGCAGUGCAGACAGUGUGUGGGCAAGCCUAUGGUGCCAAACAGUACAAUAUGAUGGGAGUCAUCUUGCAAAGAGCCAUUAUUAUAAUGCUUACAGCAGCAGUACUUCUGUCUUUUGUCUACUGGUAUGCAGAUCCUAUAUUGGUGGCAAUAGGCCAGAGCAAAGAAAUAGCUGCAGAAGGAGCCAUCUUUGCCAAAGGGCUAAUGCCCCAGCUGUUUGCCCUGGCAAUAAGUGAUCCCAUGCAGAGGUUUCUGCAGGCUCAGAACAUAGUGGCACCACUGGCAUAUUUAUCAGCAGGCACAUUUUUACUUCAUAUUUUAUUAACUUGGCUGGCUGUUGACAAGCUGGGAUUUGGCCUACUAGGGGCAGCUUUAACACUGAGUUUGUCAUGGUGGAUUCUGGUUUUUACUACUGCUUCUUACAUAUUCUACUCCCCUUCAUGCAAGAAGACAUGGACAGGCUUUACUCGCAAUGCUUUUACUGGACUCUGGUCUUACUUCAAGUUAACUAUGGCUUCUGCUGUAAUGCUAACAUUGGAAAUAUGGUAUACACAAGGUCUUGUGCUCGUUUCAGGAUUGCUGCCAAAUGCAGAAGUAUCUUUGGAUUCAAUCUCUGUCUGCAUGAAUUAUUUGAAUUGGGACUUAAUGAUGAUGUUGGGCCUCAGCACAGCUACAAGUGUAAGAGUUGGUAAUGAGUUGGGAGCAAGACGCCCCAAGACUGCAAGGUUUUCAGUAAUGGUUGUGGUGAUCACAUGCUUCCUUAUAAGUGUCAUCCUCUCCAUUGGAGUUCUUGUACUUAAGAAGGAGCUGAGCAUGGCCUUCACCAGCAGUACUGUGGUUAUGCGUGCAGUCUUUGGAUUGACCCCAUUGCUGGCAAUAUCUGUUCUCUUAAAUGGCACUCAACCAAUACUAUCAGGUGUGGCAAUCGGAUGUGGAUGGCAGGCUGUGGUAGCUUAUGUUAAUUUGGCAACAUAUUAUUGUGUUGGUCUACCCAUUGGAAUGGUUUUAGGGUUUAAGACUGAUUUGGGAGUAAAGGGAAUAUGGUGGGGUAUGAUUGUUGGGGUAGCACUUCAAACAUUGGUUCUCAUUGUGAUUACAUCACGCACUAAUUGGAAUAAGGAGGUACAAACUGCCGAAGAUCGUAUUGAACGCACUCGGUACGAGAAACCCACUGUCCAAGACCUAGUAGCGUAGUUCAACUGAAGAAAGUUGCAGAGAGAAGAUCUACAAGAAGCAAAGCGAAAGUGGGUUUACAAAUUAGGGCAUUUCUGUCAUGGAGAAAUCCUAAAUUAAAAAAAACUUUAGUUGCGGGAAUUUGUUCAUUAAUGUAAUCUGAGUAUUUAUUUUUGUACUAUUGUAAUAAAAGUAUUUGUUGUCUAGUCCACAGACAUUCAUAGAAGCAAUUAAAAUAUGGAUUAAGGGAAAGAGCACCCCCAGUCGUUAUAGUCCAAUAGCCAUGCACUCCUUGUGUACUGUUUAGGAUCUGUUACAGGUAGGUUUCUCUAAGAUAACAAAUUGAGAUCAAGAUAUUCGUGUAAACUAAAUGUAUCAUGAUGUUAUGAUGUUACUAGGUUGAUGAAUCUUGUAAUUGUUUUUGAUAAAAAAAGCAGCAGAUGUUGACCGUUAACAUAA